UGCAACCAGCGCCUACCAAUAUACAUGGAAUCCAUGCUUUACAGGCGACUGCGUGGGGCUAAACUUUUCGCAGCCUCCUUGGCUCAAGUGAGGUUGGUUGCAUGCUCGUUGUCGUAGUGACAGCGUCAGGGCACGUUGCGCCGCAUACUUCCUGCUGAGGUCCGGGGAUGAAUGGCGCGCCCGGUCGCCGAGUGCGAGCAGAGCCGGCUGGAGCAGGUCGAACAGUUUGGACGGCGGCUUCAGACCGAACAGGAAAGCAUGGCAGUUACCUUUGCGGAGCAGAUCGCAGGCAUCGAGCAGAGCAUGGCCGAGAAGCUCAGGGCGCACGAGACCUUCGUGCAGCGGGAGCUCGAGAGGCGCAUGGACGAGGCCGAGGUCGGCCGCACUGCCCUGAAGUGGAUGUCGACCGUGAGUGAGCUGCGCUCGAGCCUGGGUGCGCAGAAGGAGGCGCUGUCACAGGCAGACAGUGCGCAGAGGGAGGCUCGGUCCCAGGCGGAGGAGGGGCUCGCCGAGAUGAAGCGGUCGCUCGGUCUCCAGAGGGAGCUGCAGCAGCAGGCGCAGCACGAGCUCGCGCGGGCUAUGCACCUCCGCGCGGACAUCGAGAGGUGGUGGUCGUCCCAGAGCGAGGCGGCGAGCGCUUCCGGGGCCGCCUCGGCGAAAGCGGACAAGCGCCCUGCGGCGCCAGCGGCGCCAGUGCCGGGGCCGGGCGCGCCUGCGGGCCCCUCGGAGGAGGUCCAGAAGAGGCUGGAAGUUCAGAGCUUGAAGCUCAAGCUGUUGCAAGCGCAGGUUGACACCCUGAUGCAGGCAACCCCCGUACCUGCGGCGACGGCCCUGGGGUCUGCAUCCGACCUGCUGGCGCAGUUCCAGGACUGCACCAACGAGGACGAGAGGAGGCAGCUCUUCGAGGCCCUGCUGUCGCAGAGCUCCGCAGCGCUGCAGCCGGCCGCCCCUAUGCGGCCCGGCGGGUGCUCUGGGCAGCUCAGCCCUGGGCUCUCGGCCCAGCUCAGCCCCCUGCGCAGCCGCCCGAGCAGCACUGGGCAGCUCAGCUCUGAGCGGCUCAGCCCCGAGCUCUCGGCCCAGCCCAGCCCCGUGCGCAGCCGCCCGAGCAGCACUGGGCAGCUCAGCUCCGAGCGGCUCAGCCCUGGGCACCCGCGAGGGCGAGAGGAGCCCGCCCAGGCCGCGGGGCCAGGAGCGCCAGGCCCCAGCCCGCUGCCGGAGUGGGCGCCGCUUCCCAGCGCUGCCCGGGCCUCGGCGGGAGCCUCGCCGCCCCAGGGCCAGCGCUCCGGGGGGAGCCUCGGCGCCGGCGCCCUCAGGGCGCCCGCGCCCAGGGCGGUGGAGCACUCGGGCCUCGCAGCCGUCUGCAGCAGCCCGGCGCCCCCUCCGGCGCCCGCGCCCAGGGCGGUGGAGAACUCGGGCCUCGCCGCCGUCUGCAGCAGCACGAACCCCCCGCCGCCGCAGAGCCAGGAUCCCGCGGCGCGUGGCCUUGCGGGGCAGCAGGGCUUUUCUACCGUGCUCGCGUCACCGCUGGCAGGCUACUUCACGCUGGAGCCCCCCAUGCCCCAGCAGCAUGCAGGUGCAUGGGCAGGGCAGCCCACGGCUGUGCCAUGGCAGGCGUCCAGCGCGCUCUCUGGAGCUCACGCCAGGGCCCCUGGCGCACAGGGGCACGUCGUGCCAUACAUCCUGUCUGGGGCGCAGCGGGGGCCCCGUCUGCUGGAGAGUUCCGAGAGAACGCUGGGAGCUUCUCGUCCCGCGCUCGGGUUAUAGGACCAGGUUCCUGUGGUUUCUUGCCGGUGUCCCUUCCUGAGAACCUUCUACCUCCCUUCUCUCUCAUGCAUGGCUUUGCCCAUGUUUGCCGACCGAUGCACUCCCAGAAGGCGCAAACGUCUUCUGAUGCGACCUAGGGUGCGCUGGUCUGUCCAGAACCACGGGCGCGCCGGGUAAUUUCAUUGACGCAUGGCUUGCGGCGCAGAAGGAGAAACCCGAU